AUGCGAUUACUGCAAAUUCAACGCGCUGUCACCGUGAUCACUUUGUAUGGCAGUGAAGAGCAAAAACAAACGCUGUUACCGAAAAUAGCGUCGGGUGCUCUGAAACCAGCAAUAUUAUUGUUUGACGAGAAUGGGAAUUUCGAUUUCGAAUCAAUUCAAACUUCGGCGAUCGCGUCUGGCGAUGGAGUGGAGAAAAUAAGCGGUACAAAAAGUUCAGUGAUCGGCGUUGCAGAUGCAAAUCUUUUCUUAGUGUUCGCUAUGAGGAAAUCGAAUCUUCAGCAAAAAGGGAAUAUGGCUUGUUAUAUAAUAGAAAGAGAACAUCUGCCACAACAAAGUUGUCUAACGAUAAACUCACGUAUCAACACACUUGGUCUUAACGCUCUUCAUGUAAGUGAUGUUGAACUAAAAGACGUCCCGGUGAACUCGUCAAGCCUACUCGGUUCCGUGAACGAUUCUCGUGAUAUCGCUCUAGAACUAUCCGCUUCGAAUGGUUACACAUACGGCGCGGCUGUAGUCGGUUUUCUAAAGUUAUUAAUCGGUGAGUUAUCACAUUUCUGUAAUACAACAAUACAGUUCAAGUCGCCAUUGUCCGAGAAUCUUGGCAUACAGAAAUACGCGAACAGUGUUCUGCGUCUUGCAAUUUCGACAACAGUUGAUAUACUCGGUUCGGGAAGUGUAAGUCGUGAGAUGAAUUUCGAGAAAUGGUUCCGAGAUGCGAUCACAAUGAUAUCGCUGUCGAACAACAACGCCAAUCUCACUGAGCAGAUAUCUAUGGGAACGUUAACCACAUGGGCAAAAACAAACGCACAGCAGUUGAGGAAUUGGCGAUUGGGCAAAGUGGGUGCAUUGAAACGAUUGUUCGGUGCUGAAAGUGAUAGUGCAGAGAUGAAUGAUCCAAAAUUGACACAUUUUAUUGCUGAACACGCACAUCCGUCGCUUGAGAACGCAUGUCGUGAUCUUGAGCAGACGAUGUCUCGUUUGAACAUAGUGAUCUCGAAGCUGACCUCGGAUCAGGGCAAGACGAUUCAGAACGAUUUUAUGUCGCUGAGCAGUAUUUGUUCAGUUGUUGAGAACAAUCUCGGUAUGGUGGCGGUUAUCUCGCGAGCAACGCGAUCGUAUUCGAUCGGACUUCGGAACGCCGACCUCGAGGUUGCGCCAUAUCGAUCGUCAUUUUUGUUUUUCUUUCAUUAA